CCAGGCCCCGGGCGCUGAAGGGUGUGGACCCCGGACGUCGCUGGGACAGCCCCUCCCCGCUGCUCGGCGGCGCCUGGCCCGGCCGCUGCUCGCUGCGCUGCCUCCACGCCUCCGCCGCCCCUCCUCGGACUCGGGUUCACACGCGACUCACUUCAUCCCAGUCCCGGGCGAGCAGCGUUGGGUUUAUGUCUUUAUUUGACGAAAACGAGCUGUUGCGCAGCCAUUGGUACCUGUAUUGGGGAAACAUAGCAUACAAGCAAGAAGCUCACAGCCUCAGUGGCGAAAAUUUUUUCAUGUCAGAGACCGAGAACUCUUGCAGUCGUUUAUGUCAUCCCUUCUUCUCCAGACAGAAGAUACCAAAAAGUUGCAAUCAAAGAUCUCUUCAUCUUAUUGAUAAAGCCACUAAUAAGCCAAAAUGUCUGUCAACGUCAACCGCAGUGUGUCAGACCAGUUCUAUCGCUACAAGAUGCCCCGUCUGAUUGCCAAGGUUGAGGGCAAAGGAAAUGGAAUCAAGACAGUUAUAGUCAACAUGGUUGACGUUGCAAAGGCGCUUAAUCGGCCUCCAACGUAUCCCACCAAAUAUUUUGGUUGUGAGCUGGGAGCACAGACCCAGUUUGAUGUUAAGAAUGACCGUUACAUUGUCAAUGGAUCUCAUGAGGCGAAUAAGCUGCAAGACAUGUUGGAUGGAUUCAUUAAAAAAUUUGUUCUCUGUCCUGAGUGUGAGAAUCCUGAAACAGAUCUGCAUGUCAAUCCAAAGAAGCAAACAAUAGGUAAUUCUUGUAAAGCUUGUGGCUAUCGAGGCAUGCUUGACACACAUCAUAAACUCUGCACGUUCAUUCUCAAAAACCCACCUGAGAAUAGUGACAGUGGUACAGGAAAGAAAGAAAAGGAAAAGAAAAACAGAAAGGGCAAAGACAAAGAAAAUGGCUCCAUGUCCAGCAGUGAGACACCACCACCACCACCAAAUGAAGUUGGUCCUCCUCCUCAUGCUGUGGAAGAAGAAGAGGAUGAUGACUGGGGGGAGGAUACAACUGAAGAAGCUCAAAGGCGCAGAAUGGAUGAAAUCAGUGACCAUGCAAAAGUUCUGACACUCAGUGAUGAUUUGGAAAGGACUGUUGAAGAGCGGGUCAACAUCCUGUUUGAUUUCGUUAAGAAAAAGAAAGAAGAGGGUGUUAUUGACUCAUCUGACAAAGAAAUUGUUGCUGAAGCAGAAAGACUAGAUGUAAAAGCCAUGGGCCCUCUUGUUUUGACUGAAGUUCUUUUUAAUGAGAAGAUUAGAGAACAAAUUAAGAAAUACAGGCGCCAUUUCCUACGAUUUUGUCACAACAACAAAAAAGCUCAGCGGUAUCUUCUCCAUGGUUUGGAGUGUGUGGUAGCAAUGCAUCAAGCUCAGCUCAUCUCCAAGAUUCCACAUAUCUUGAAGGAGAUGUAUGAUGCAGACCUUUUAGAAGAAGAGGUCAUCAUCAGCUGGUCAGAAAAGGCCUCAAAGAAAUAUGUCUCAAAAGAACUUGCCAAAGAGAUUCGUGUCAAAGCAGAACCAUUUAUAAAAUGGUUGAAGGAGGCAGAGGAAGAGUCUUCUGGCGGUGAAGAUGAUGAUGAAGAUGAGAAUAUUGAGGUGGUAUAUUCAAAGACUGCCAGUGUACCGAAAGUUGAAGCUGUGAAGUCUGACAACAAAGACGACGACAUUGAUAUUGAUGCCAUUUAAAGGGGUGGGUGCAGCCCAGCUUAACUGUAAUGCUGCAAAUCUCUGCAUCAGCCAAAAGUGCAACAUGUAUGUGCAAAAGCUAAAAUGGCUUAACAUCAUGCUACACUUUCUACUAAAAAUGUAUUGCUGUGAGUGGUCUGUAUAAUUAAGCCCAACAAGACAUAUAGGAAGUCCAUACACAUACCAGUGAGCAGAUGUAGUUUGCUUAUUUGUAGCAUGUUUCUUUUUGAAAAAUUAGUGGUGGACACAUUUGGAUCACAUUUAUACAGUUACAAAAAUAAAACGUUUAAUUUCAGUGAUUCAGAUUUUGGUUCUGACUUAAAGCUGAAAAAAUUGGCUCCUUUUUUAAAUGUUACACCCAUCAUUUAAGGAUUCUUGGAGCCUGUUAAAUAUGGUUAGGUGCUGAGACUGUAAAGAGGUCUUCAGCAGAAUGUAAACGUGAACUUGUAGUUAUCUUAUUCAGCCAUAAGAAAUACAGUGUUUUAAGUCCUUAGUCCCUCAAAUUGGCAUCUGGUGAUGUACAUUCUUCCCAUGCCAAAGUGGACUGAUAAUUAAAUGACAGUGCAACUUAUUUCUCUUAAGAAGUAAAAAUGACCUGAGUGUCCUACAAAUAAUUAAGAGCAGGUUUUGAAACUUGAAUUGUGUUUUUCAGUUCAUAGGUACUUGCCCCAAGUUGUAGUCUUCUAAGUCAUGUGCGUUGCACUUUGGAUGAGCCAGGGGAAUUACUACAUUAACAAGCAUUUUACAUGUGUGUAGCUGUUACUUUCUACUAAGAAAACUCUGAAACUUUGAGGUAUGAUUAUUAAAUAGUAAGCUCUGAUUUUAUUUGGGGAAAGCAAGAAAAGGUGCACUUAAUCUCUAGCAAAACCAGAGCACAAUUUCUCAGCUACUAAGGUUUAGACUGCAAUUUCAAAAUGUUAAGACAUAGUGUAUUGAGUUCAGUAUGGAGUCUAUGGUCGUUUAAUACCUUUUACAAUUGGACAUAGAGCUUAGUGCUUCUUAGAUUUUGGUUGCUAUCUUUCCAAAAUAAGAGUUACUAUGUCUCAAACUUGAUUUCCCCCCCAGAAUGUCUUAUUUUUAAAAGAAGACUAUAAAAGCAUACUUGGAAGUCUGUUAGGUAUAAGACCUGGGGGUGCAUAAGCAAAUAGAAACAAUCUGAUAGCCAUUAAAUAUAAGUGACCAAGUCCAUCCAAGGCUUUAGAUUUUGAAAUGAUAACUUCCUUGUGAAUUCCUUGUCCAAUUAACUGAUUUAAAUUCACUUGAUAGGGGUGAUGACUAUAUCUGAGAAAUCUUCGAGGUAAAUUUGUUUCAUUCCUUUUCACAAAAAGUGAACUGUAGGAAUCAAAAGUCCAUAUGACUGAUUUUGUUGGGAGCACUAACUUAACAUCACUCACCUCUAUUUCUUUGUGAUCUCUCUCACAGAUCAGAUUAUGAUGAGACCUUAGCACAAAUGUAUGUGAAAUUUUUUCACUUUGAAAUUACACAAACAUAUGAUAAAAUAAGAACUUGUUAGCUUGAAACUUUAUGGUAUUAAAAUCUAGCAAUAUAUUGCCAGAGGGUUAUGAAUUGGCCCCCAGCUGCGUUUUCUUUUGAUAGAUGAUGAAAGUGAAGCGGGAGUCAUGUGCCUGCCUGGAAGGAGUGUUCUUUGUCACACCAAAGAGAAGGAUUUUGCAAACUGCUAUCUUGGUUGGGUUUCACAUUCUUUGCAUAAGCCACUUUCAUUAUCUGAAAUUCAGUAGAAGGUGCUGAUGACCUAAGCUGAGUUGCAGUCAGUAUACCUAGUGUCAGGCUAAUGAGGUUGUAGAGCUUUUCCUGAAAAUAUGUUUGGGGCUUCUAAACACUAAAGAGAAAAUUUUGACUUGGACCAGUGUUGAGUCUGGUGCCAAAUGUCCAGUGGAAUUCAAAUCCACAAAAUAACAAUUUUAUUCAUAGGGGCUUUCCUAAUAGUAAUUCUUCACAUUGCCCUAUUCAAUUGUUUUAAAAAGUUUCCUUUUUCAGACAGCUACAUUACUUGAUUAAAACAAUGUUAAAGUUG